AUGCUUCUGCCCCAAAUGCCACCGAAACCUAUUGAGCCACAUCCCUUAACAGUCACAACUUCAUCACCAGGUAACUUGGUACACUCAAAAUCAAUUGGCCAGCUUCAAAAUGAGUGCAACCAGCUUCGAGCUAUAGUCCGGGGAUUUGAGGGUAUCGAAGUCAUGUAUAGAUACUUGCUCAACCGAGAGUCCACCGCCCACGCAAUUACAAGGGAUUGUCUUCGAAUUGAAAGAGUCAACCAUAUGGAAGUUGCCAACAUGAACAAGAUGCUGCAGCGCGAACUCUCGCAAAAACAAGCUGCUCAAAUUGCCCGAGAAGUAUUGUUAUACGAGAAGCGCCAUCACCAAGCAGCCACAACAAAACUCUACCAUAAACAGAAGCCAGGCCCAGAGAGUCUCAGGAGGCCCCAUAUGAUGUGCGGCAAGGGGAAAGUUGAAAAUACGGGAGAGCAAAGAGAACGCAAAACCUGA